AUGAAGACCUUCGCUGCCUUCAGCCUGUUGGCUGCCAUCGGAAACGCCCUGCCCGUUGAAGACGCGGCCGUUGAAGAGCUCGUGGCACGUCAAGUCGGCGGGUCGUCGACUCAGACCGAACUCGAGAACGGCGCCUGCAGGGCCAUCACCUUCAUCUUCGCCCGGGCAUCGACCGAGCGCGGCAACUUUGGUAGCAGUGUUGGACCACCUACCUGCAGCGGCCUGAAGGACACCUACGGCAGCGACAUGGUUGCGUGCCAGGGCGUCGGAGGGCCUUACUCCGCCGACCUGGCCUCCAACGGCCUGCCUCGCGGAACGUCGACCGCGGCUAUCAACGAGGGUAUUCGCUUGUUCGAGCUCGCGGCGAGCAAGUGCCCUAACUCCAUUGUCGUCGCUGGUGGCUACUCCCAAGGCACCGCCCUCAUCAGCGCCGCCAUCUCCGACCUCGACCAGUCCACCCAGAACCGCAUCGCCGGCGCCGUCCUCUACGGCAACACCCGCAACGCGCAGAACGGUGGCAAGAUUCCCAACUACCCGCCGGAGAACGUCUUGACAAUCUGCGCGCCCACCGACGGCGUGUGUGAUGGCAGUCUGCAGGUUACCGCUGGACACUUCUCGUACGCCGAUGAUGUGCCAGACGCUGUAGACUUCUUGGAGGGUCGUAUUGAGGCUUUCGACGGCGAGGGUGGUGAGGUUGGCGGUGAUGUGCCGGCGGAUGAGACGAGCGAGCUCUGCCGCAAGUACCCUCUGCUGCGCCAGUGUCGUGACUGA